AUUUUUUUAAACUUGCAUAUAAUUGGUAGUCUGAAGUUAAUAAAAUAAGUUAUUCAUUAAUUCAACAAAUAAUUAUUAGUUAUCUCUUAUCUACUAGAUGUACCAUGGCCUGGGAAAGCAGACAGUCCUUACUAAAUUUAAUAGGGCAUCCUUAUAGAAUAAUGCAGCAAAAAAAUUUAUUCCUUGGUCUUAUGUAUAUAUGCUAAAAUUAUGCAUCUGUCUUUGUCAGUGUAUUAUUUAAGUUAGGAUCAUAAAUAAGAAUAGCUGAAGUUAAUAGUCAAUAAUUAAUAACAUUUAUAAACUUUGUUAAAAAUUGAUCUUUUAUAGAUUAAAUGCAUACACCUGUGAUAGAAGGUAAUGUCUCUAUAAUUGUAAACCCUAAUCCUAUAAAAUUAGUUAAUCUCAGAGUGUCUAACAAAGAGAGUAUUUAAAGACCCUCCAAGGAAAGGAGAGUAUAGCAGCAGAGUAGAUGUCCUAUUGUCAGGCUUCCUGGUUCAAAUCCCAGCUUUCCAAUGCAAAGCUAAGUAUUUGGAUUUACUGAGGACAUUACUAAAAGAUGGAAUUUAAACUAAUUUUUUUUUUAAUUUUGCAAAGACAUUUCCAAGAUUAACUUCUUAAGAUUAUUGUUAAGUAUUUUUUUAGAGUGACCGUAACACCACAACUGAUCAGCGUACUGUAGAACCCAGCAUAUCAGUAGAAAUUAUGUAGAACAUAUUCAUUGAGAAGACAACUAGAGUGGUAAUACCUGUUUCCAGUUUCUGAGGAUUUUCUAUUCAGUGUGUUUGGCUGGUCUGUAAUAAGGAGGGGAAGGGAACCUUCCUCAAGAGAUACAAAUCAGAAGGUUCUUUGCUCAGCGGGCACUUACGAAAAACUCUCCCGGGACGAGGAAGUUGAUCGGGGUGAGCAUAUCACAGAGUGGCGAUCACGCUGAGAAGAAUGGCAUUGAAACAGAUUUCCAGUAACAAGUGCUUUGGAGGAUUGCAGAAAGUUUUUGAACAUGACAGUGUUGAACUGAACUGCAAAAUGAAAUUCGCUAUCUACUUACCACCCAAGGCAGAAACUGGAAAAUGCCCUGCGCUGUAUUGGCUCUCUGGAUUAACUUGCACGGAACAAAAUUUCAUAUCAAAGUCUGGUUAUCAUCAAGCUGCCUCAGAACAUGGCCUUGUCGUCAUUGCUCCAGAUACCAGCCCUCGUGGCUGCAAUAUUAAAGGAGAAGAUGAGAGCUGGGACUUUGGCACUGGUGCUGGGUUUUAUGUGGACGCCACUGAAGAUCCUUGGAAAACUAACUACAGAAUGUAUUCUUACGUAACCGAGGAGCUUCCCAAACUCAUAAAUGCCAAUUUUCCAGUGGACCCCCAAAGGAUGUCUAUUUUUGGCCACUCCAUGGGAGGCCACGGAGCUCUGAUAUGUGCUCUGAAGAAUCCUGGAAAGUACAAAUCUGUGUCAGCAUUUGCUCCAAUUUGCAACCCAGUGCUCUGUCCUUGGGGCAAAAAAGCCUUCAAUGGAUAUUUGGGAACAGAUCAAAAUAAAUGGAAGGCUUAUGAUGCUACCCAUCUUGUGAAGUCCUACCCAGGUUCUCAGCUGGACAUAUUAAUCGAUCAAGGGAAAGAUGACCAGUUCCUUUCAGAUGGACAGUUACUACCUGAUAACUUCAUUGCUGCCUGUACAGAAAAGAAAGUCCCUGUUGUUUUUAGAUUACAAGAGGGUUAUGAUCAUAGCUACUACUUCAUUGCAACCUUUAUUACUGAUCACAUCAGACAUCAUGCAAAAUACCUGAAUGCAUAAAAAACUUCAGAUAAGAAAAUUUUUUCAGGAUUAUAAAAUUGUAAUAAACAGAAUUGCUGGGAAAAAUGAUUUCAAUGCAUUGGAUUUCAUAGUGCUCAAAAUCAUCAUUCCAUAGUUGAAUCACUUUCUGAAUGAAUAUAUAAAACCUGCUUUUGAUUUAAAAGUUAUUUUGCCAAUGUUGGGAAAUAUUUAAUACAUUACAGCUUUCUCAAGGUCAUUUGGAAAUCAUUGUAUUAACCUCAGGCCACAGAAUAUGAAUAUAAUCGCAUUUAAAUCAUAGAAUGCUAACUCAGGAAUUGGUUUAAGAGGUAAUUUAGCCUAAACCCCUCACUUUUCCAGACUUUAAGUCUGUGAAGGCAUGGACUGUCUUCAUUAUGUUUAUUGUUCUGUCUCUAGUAUCUGCCAACCACUUGGCUUCUAGGAGGCAUUUAGUAACUAUUUGUUGUUGAGUAAGGAGUGAGGCUCAGAAAGAUUAAGUAAAUUCUCCAUCAUUACACAGUUAUUUGUGGGACAGCUAAGAUUAGAAGCCAGAUUUCAUAAACCCAAUCCAAUGAGACUUCUUUUCUUAUCUAUUAAGCCAAACAGAUUUGUGGACAUUGGUUUCUGGGAUUUCUCAAGAGACGAGAAUUAAAUAAUAAGACUCAAUCUGAAAAUAGCUCUAUGUAAGGAAAGUUGCUUCAUAUGUUUCUGUAAACAGAUAUUUUCCUGUAGUUACAUGCAGAAAUUUAGCUUGGUGAGCUCACCAAGAAAAGUAAUCAGUCUCUUUGUAAAUACCAAAUUGUGUUACUUUUACGAACUUAAUAUGAAUAAACUCAUUUUGAAACAUGA